UUUCUACUAUUCCAUUGCUGUUUGAACAUCAGAGCAGUGAGAAGACAACUCAGAUUGGUCCGGAGAAUCACAUAAAAGUGGUUGUAGUAACGAGAGUGAGCGACAUGAAGUGAUGCACUAGAUACUGCUUAUAGAGUACUUCCAGACACUUUUUUGGCCUCUUUUAUUGGACUUGUUUCUUUGGAUCUUGUUGUGUGCAGUGUGACUUGCUUAAUAACAAAAGAUCACCAUGGAAUACUUUAGAGACGUCCUCCAAAAGUCUUUGUUGGGAUCUGAUCCAGCAGCCAAUGACCAUUUAUCAGAUUUCACGGAUUUGUCAGAUUAUGAUCAAGGUGAAGGUCGGCUGUUCUUUAAUUUGUCCUCAACCAUUUCGACAGCUCAAGCGGUGGCUUUAGUCUUGGGCAUCACGGCCGUUUUGGGCAGCAUUGCAGCCUUGUUCUUCUUUUUCAUGCUUAACAUGAAUGGAGGGGGAACAGAUGAUUCAAGCCAUGGGAGCGGUUACGGGAGCGGAAGUGGCGGCCAUAGUGGAGGUAGUGGUUACGGAAGUGGAGGUGGCCACGGUUCAUACUCUAAAAGAUCCAUAUUGGAGGAAAGUGGAUUGCUUCGAAUUGUGUCUUUGAUUCAUGAACUUGAACAAGUCCUGGACAUCGCUGAGAACGAUGGUCAGAUCUCCAAAGAAUGCAAGAUGUUCAAGAUGUGCCGCACCAUUACAAAUACCUCAUCUUCUCAGGCCAGUCUCCUCCAAAAUAUUUUGGAGAAAGCAGAGUCUGUAUUGGAAACAAUGGAGAAUGGCCUGGACCCUCAUCCUCUUGCAAGCACAGAUGCGUUCGAUCUGUUAAAUAGUUACAAAACGACGGCAGAAAUCGCCAAAGUGAAGGGACUCUGCAGCAUUGUUGAAUCCGAGCGUUGUACAUAACUUUCAUAACGCUGAAGUUGGAAAACGCUACGCUAUUUUUUUCAAUCUUACUAGGAAACAGAUAAAAGGGGCAAAUGUGUAAUAAGAUAUUUUGUUGAAAUAAACAUGAGUGUGAGAAAAUGGUUGGUUGUGUACAUGUUUUUACGAUGGUCUUUUUUUGCAUUUGGGUGCUAGGGUCGGAGGGAUGAGCCUCGCCCGGCUUUUUCCGAUAGGCAGUGACGUGUUCGUAUCGGUUUUGGUUCUCCGUCUGUGGGCAGGGAUAGCGUUUAAAAGUUUCCUUGAGAAAGAUCGG